UACGCGUCCAUUUUGACAUCUGACAGCGACGCGACAGCACGUGAAUUAAAAGGACGCCGAGCAAACAAUUUGGUGGCAGCGAGCAAAAGCUUUGUAAAUUAACUACAAAAAAAGAUCCAUCGACCAACAAUGAGCGCCCAAACUCAAGACGUAAAAGACCUGUGCUUGACGGAGCCGGAGGAGCUUCACUCGGCGAUUCGUUUCCUGCAGAGCACCAAGCAGCUCUCGUUCGCCGAGGUGAAAAAGGUCGCCCGUCAAUCCCCCGGCAUCGACCACGCCCGCGGCAUCGUGCCGGUGCGUCUGACGGUGCCGGCCUACCCGCAGGAACCGUGCACCCACAGCCUGUUCGAAUCGGUGCAGGACUUUAUUUUGGAGGCGGUCCACCGGGAGGGCGCCCCCUUCCUGCUGGAGCUGAUCCUGAUGGCCGGGUACGUGCUGGUGCUGGCGCAGACCGACGCCAGUGCCGAGUUUGUGCGCAGUCUGGUGCCGGAGCUAAUGCGGACGGGCGUUUGCCUGAAGGAACCGACCCGGCCGGAGAUCAAGCAGUAUUACGCUAGAAUUUUCGAACGGAACGAGCAAAAGAACUCGUUGGGUAAUUAAUUAGAACUUUGAUUUUCUUUUUUUUUCUUUUCUCUAAAGACGUAUUCAAAUCUUGAAAAAAUAAAGUGGCAUUUUAACAAAUGAAAAUGUCGAUUUCCUCAUAUGCUAAAUACUAAGAAUUUUUUGUUUUGACAAUAAAGAACUGAAGUGAAAA